AACACAUUCACUCUGGAGCAAGGAACCAUUUUUCUAGAGCUCCAAUCCAAAAUUAAGAAAUUUUACUUUGAUCAUACACUUUGACUUCUGUAUUCAUUUUCAAUCGUUUUUAAAAAGAAUCAUAUCAGAUUACUGUACCAGAAAGCUUUCAGUCAGACAAGCCGCACAAUGACUCAGUUUUUAUCAACCUGCUUCUUAGUGUUGAUAUCAGCGCAACUGGUCAAAUCAUCUGGUGUGUUUGAGUUGAAGAUUCACUCUUUCACAACCUCCAGCAGCAGUGUGUGUAAACAGUCCAGAGACUGUCAGAUUUCUUUCCGUGUUUGCCUGAACUACACGGAGGAUGUCAUAUCAUAUAGGCUGGCAUGUUCAAAUGGCAGUGGACUGACAGGAACAUUCACAGACCAGAGCUCCAUUUCCACUAGUGCACUGAUAACUUUGCCCUUUAACUUAAAGUGGCUGGGAACUGUCUCAGUGAUAAUUGAAGCAUGGAAUACAGAGUCCUCCAAUGAUCCAUCAACAGAGGAUCUAAAGAGUAUGAUUAGCUGCUUCACCACCAAAAGAAAUCUUACUAUUGGUGAGAAAUGGUCCCAGGAUGUGCAUCUUGGAGAGCAAAGUAAACUACGUUUUUCUUACCGCGUAGUGUGCGUUGAAUUCUACUAUGGCGAUGACUGCUCUUAUUUCUGCCGUCCACGGGAUGACCCGUUCGGUCACUUUGACUGUGAUGCCUCUGGAAAUAGAAUUUGCUUGCCUGAAUGGAAAGGCGAAUAUUGUGCAGAACCUAUCUGCUCAUCCGGCUGUAGUGAGCACGGUUAUUGUGAGGCCCCCGGUCAGUGCAAGUGCCUGUACGGUUGGCGGGGCCCCCUCUGUAACGAGUGCAUACCCUACCCAGGGUGCGUACAUGGAACUUGCAAUCAAGCCUGGCAGUGCAAUUGUAAGGAGGGAUGGGGUGGCCUAUUGUGUGACAAGGAUAAAAAUGUCUGAAUUCAGAAAUUCAGUAUUUUUCUGGUUACAUGUUUUCAUUUAUAAUAGGCUAUAUGGGGAAUAAAAACUGAAAAAAAAAAAGUAAUCCUUUCUUUGAUUAUGAUGUCCUGUUAACAAUAGACUGUGUUUGUGGCAAAAUGUGACAUUUCUUUACAUUUAUUCAAUAUUAUGAGCAUAUUUUUAGGGCCAGUGUGAUAUGAAGGGGACAUUUCAACUGAAACUGUGAUCUGAAUACAGAGAUGAGUCAGACUCAUGCCCAUCACACCCAAGCUGUUUUAUGCUAUCAUGACCCCUGCUGGUAGGUUUUGGAAUUACAUCUGGCUGAGAAUAUUUCAGUUUCUGUCCCCACUUCUACUUUGACGCUUCAAAAAGUUCAUAAAGAGAUUGUAAAACUAA